UAUAGAAAUUGAAUCAUAAUUAUUUGUUCAUUUCAAUUAUUGCAAGUUAGUAAUAAAUGUGUUGUUUAUUUUAAAAAUGUCAGUAAUUUGUGUGUUAACUAUUGGCAGCUAUUAUUUGUGUAUUAUUCUGAAGUUUGCAACAAUCAAGCACAACUUCCAAUCGCGUGUAAUUUUUACGUGUCUAUCAAACAGGCCACGUCAAAAUAUUUUAUUUAAUACAAUGGUGGAAAUCGAAUCGAUGACAAGAUAUGUCUCUCCCAUAAACCCUGCAAUUUUUCCAUUAUUAGCAGUGGUAUUACUAGGAAUUGGAAUAUUCUUUACAGCAUGGUUCUUUGUAUACGAAGUUACUAGUACAAAAUUUACAAGGGACAUGUUUAAAGAGUUGUUAAUUUCUUUAGUAGCAGCAAUAUUUUCUGGUUUUGGUGUGUUGUUUCUACUUCUUUGGGUCGGCAUUUAUGUAUAGGUUAAUCUUUUCAAUAAAAACAAACUUUUAAGUCUAUAUAUAUGUAAUAGCAUUUAAAUAAUUGUAUAAUAAUUACAAGUCACAAGAAUAAAAUCAAUGUAUUUUUACUAAA